AUGUCUACUAGGAGAAGAGUCGGUUUCAGCAACACAACCUCGGAGGCGUCGCGGCGGCAGCUCAUGCAGCCGGUGCCGUGUUGGGAGAAAGUGUGGGUGCUCCCGGAGAACGCGGCGCCGGGCUCAACUCUGAAGGUAUACAAAUGGAUUAAGUCCGACAGGAAGCAGCAAUUCAGCGAUGACGAGAAUGAAACCGACCAACCGCUCGCGCCCCUCCCCGAGCCCGACGAAGUCGAAGUAGUGGAUGGCGACGAAGACAUAGAUCAAGACGAGGUCAACACGUCAGUCGCGCCCGAGACCGCGGCCGCCUCGCGUGACGUCUCCGAGAUGCCCAUGGGGCUGAAAGACGACUCGCCCUCGAAGCCGGGCACACCCAAGCCGCACCCGCUCUCCAUGUCCUUCACGCCAGGGCUCGACACCGAUGACGCGCUCGAUGAGUCGCUCAAGCCACGAGAGGGCGAGCUCGACGCGGCGGUGGGCGCGGACGGGAUGGGCGACAUGGGUGGCAUCACGCUGGACAUGACGGGCGUCGGCCCAGACGGGGAGCCAUUCGAGGGCGCGAGCCUCAGCCAGCUCCAGUCAGAUGAUGCGUUGUUGGGUGCGGGCUCGCUCAUGGAUAGCAACUUGGAGGAUCCGUUCGCCCCCCCUUCCUCGUAG